CGCCUCCACACCGAUCCCAGGGUCCCCUGCGCGGCGGGCGCGCUUCUAGUGCUUUCCGCGCGGGCGGUGUUGCGCAUGCGUUCGCGUGUGGUCCCGCCCCCCUCCGACCUCGCCGCUCCGCUGCUUGGGGUUGAACUUCCCGCCUGGUCUCCCCUGGGCGACAGCAAUGUGGCACAUCCCUCCUCGGAAGUGAAGGGACAGAAGCGUCCUAGGCCUCUCCACCCUUGCUGACGGCUUCGCGCCAAGGGCUGCCAUGGCCACGGGGUUCUCCUUUGGGUCCGGGACCCUCGGCUCCACCACUGUGGCCCCCGGCGGCACCGGCACAGGCAGCGGAUUCUCCUUCGGCGCGUCCAGCACACCUUCUGUGGGGCUCAACUUCGGAACUCUCGGAAGCUCUGCGACACCAGCAUCUACAUCUACUUCUGCCAGUGGUUUUGGAACAGGACUCUUUGGAUCUAAGCCUGGCACUGGAUUCACUCUAGGAGGAACAAGUGCAGGAACAACAGCUACUACAUCUGCAUCUACAACAGGCUUUAGUUUAGGAUUCAGUAAACCUGCAGCAUCUGCCACACCAUUUGCCCUGCCCGUCACUUCUACCACAGCUAGUGGUCUUACUCUCUCGUCUGCUCUGACAUCAGCUCCAGCAGCAUCCACAGGAUUUACGUUGAAUAACUUGGGAGCAACACCAGCCACAACUACAGCAGCAUCAACAGGACUUUCCUUAGGGGGGGCCUUAGCUGGUUUGGGAGGUUCACUUUUCCAGAGUGGAAACACAGCAACAUCAGGUCUCGGACAGAAUGCUUUAAGCUUGUCUCUGGGGACUGCAACACCUACUUCAGCAGCCAGCAGUGAAGGCCUUGGUGGUAUAGAUUUUAGUACCUCAUCAGAUAAAAAGAGUGAUAAAACGGGAACAAGGCCAGAGGAUAGCAAAGCCCUGAAAGAUGAAAACCUUCCUCCUGUCAUCUGUCAGGAUGUUGAGAAUCUCCAGAAAUUUGUCAAGGAACAAAAACAAGUCCAAGAAGAAAUUAGUCGAAUGUCUUCCAAAGCAAUGCUUAAAGUCCAGGAGGACAUCAAGGCCCUGAAGCAGCUCCUGUCAUUGGCUGCUAGUGGGUUGCAGAGGAACACACUCAAUAUUGACAAACUGAAGUUAGAAACUGCUCAGGAGUUAAAGAAUGCGGAAAUAGCUUUAAGAACCCAGAAAACACCACCUGGACUCCAACAUGAAAAUACAGCUCCUGCUGACUACUUCAGAGUCUUGGUUCAGCAAUUUGAGGUACAGCUUCAGCAGUACAGGCAGCAGAUUGAAGAACUAGAAAACCAUCUUGCCACUCAAGCAAACAAUUCACAUAUAACUCCGCAAGACUUAUCAAUGGCUAUGCAGAAAAUUUAUCAAACAUUUGUAGCUUUAGCUGCACAACUUCAGUCCAUUCAUGAAAAUGUCAAGGUGCUUAAAGAACAGUAUCUCAGCUACAGAAAAAUGUUUUUGGGUGAUGCUGGGGAUGUGUUUGAAGCCAGGAGAACAGAAGCCAAGAAGUGGCAGAAUGCACCCAGAGUUACUACUGGACCCACGCCUUUCAGCACCAUGCCAAACGCAGCAGCCGUUGCCAUGGCUGCAACACUUACACAGCAGCAACAGCCUGCUACAGGGCCACAGCCGUCUCUGGGAGUUAGUUUUGGAACGCCAUUCGGCUCAGGAUUUGGAACUAGCUCUGGUUUCGGAUGCGGUACCACAGGGGCCUCCACAUUUGGAUUUGGAACAACAGAUAAACCCUCAGGAAGUCUUAGUGCAGGCUUUGGCAGCUCAAGUACGUCUGGGUUUAACUUCAGCAAUCCUGGCAUCACGGCAUCAGCUGGUUUGACAUUUGGGGUGUCCAAUCCUGCGUCUGCGGGGUUUGGAACAGGAGGACAACUCCUUCAGUUGAAGAGACCUCCCGCUGGAAACAAAAGAGGAAAGAGAUGAACCUAUGGGUCGAGGUGUUGGCCGUGCUUAGCUGGCGCCGCUCAUUCUAUGAUUCUAUUUUUCUAAUGAUGUAGUGAUUGAGCUGCAUCUCGGGAGAUUUAUAAUGUUUUGAUAUUCCUCACUCUGGAACUUGAACUUUGUUUGUUUACCUUACCAGACAUCCUUCUUGUGAACUCAAAAUCCAGUUGCAGUUCUGUUGCUAUUACUUUUGACUCCAUGUAAGAAAUGUUGUGAUUAAAUUACCAAGUGAUAGUGGUGGGAAAAACAAUUCAUCAACCUAAACCUAUGAUUUUUCCUAGUAUUAAUAGCAAUUUUUUUGUUGCUGGGGUUUAAGCUGUGAAUACAUGCACAUUGGUUUCUUAUGCAGAUGGUUUGAACUCUCAGGCCUGUGCUAGAAGUAGUUUGUUCCUUGACAAGGCCUUUGGAACUGUGCUGCAGGGCAUCUUGUAGAUAUGUAUGUAAUUAUAUAUAGAGAAAUGCACACAGUGUGUGCACAUAAAAUAUAUUUACACACCUACAACUCUUGCCUCAGACUGUUAUCCUUUUCUAGUGUAUUUAGUUAUUCACUCUUUAUGCUUUAGGUCCUCAGCGCUUAUAAAAGGAGUAACUUAGGGUACCUGGUCACUUCGUUUGUUAAUUAGACAGAAGUGAUUCUUGAUAAAGUAUUUAACCCAUUCAAAUUCAUUGACUCCACUCCUGUUUUUAUUUAUUCCUUGACCCUUAUCUACGAGGAAUGGUCUAAGGCGCAUCAAACAGAUUUUAGAAACCUUUAUUACCCUAUGUAUAUAUUCUCGUGCUACAACUAUGGAAUCUUUUGUAAGGAGAUUGUCUUUUAGGAGUGUACGUGAACUCCAGACUGAUGCUCUGGGGCAAAGAGCUACUAAGCCAAAUUGAAUCUAUGCAGGUGAAGGAUGCAAUGUUAAUUCAGUAAGAACUUGUUUAGCUGUUUCAAUACAGAAUUCUUCUUAUAGGGCUAUGGAGAAACCAAAUGAAGUGGCUUCUAAGCCUCUUAAUGUGCUGAGUCUUAAUCUGGACUAGAGAAACUACAUUUUAGGAAAACUCUUUGUACCAACUAUGAACUUGCUGGUUUGAAGAGUGAGUGGAGCUCCAGUGAGUGCCACGGAGUUGUGUCAGGUUGUGUCUGUGACCUCUGUCUGUGCUGCCAUUCUUGGUGUUUCGUGAGUGAACAUCCACUGUGAAGGGAAUUGCCUUAGGACCAUGUCAGCGAGAAAGUAGUCUUCAGGUGGGAUGAACACAUGGAAUUGCACGGAAAUAGUUUAAUUUUUUACAUAGAAAGUUUUGUAUAUAAUGUUCAUCAGUGAAUAUUUUCAGGAUCAUUUUCACCAAGGCACCUUUUCUUUCUAAAAUAGGUGUGGUAUACAUACAUACAUAUACACAUAUAUAUUUUUAGUAUAAUGUCACUUGUGUUUGACUAUAAAAGCAUUGUGGUUCUGUUUUAUUUAUCUGCAUAUAACAGUGAUUGGCAUUCCUGAAUUCAAUAUUUGCAUCUUGAUGCAUUAAAAUAAGGAGAGUUAUUUGUCUUUGAGCAUUAAACCUGUUUUUAUUUGUAUAUUUUGUAAUUCUGCAGCCCUCGGUCCAGAUUAUGGGGGAGGACAGGAAAGGGUGUGCUUUGGCAUUUGAAGUUACUAUCAGAGUUACAUAUGCCAUUACAAAACACUGCUUUGUUAGUUUCUUAAAUACGGUGUAUUAUGCUGCAAAUAGCUGAGUAUUUAUAUUUCUCUGGGUUACUUUUUUCUUUAUAUACAUUUUCAUAUGUUGAACCACUGGAGACUUGUAACAUUCAUUUGUGGUAGGAGUCAGAGUGUUGUCUUUGUCUCCUUUGUCUUUGCCUUGUCUAUUAUGGAAAUAAUAAAAUUGUGUUAGUUGCUUUGAA